CGUUGUAUGGACGUGCUUGCAGUCAUACCCGGAUAUGCGUACAAAUCGAUAGUGUAUAUAACUGUCGCCCGUAUGGUAUAUGCUAACAGUCGGUGGUUUUACAAUGAAGGAUCUCUCCGCACUGUGUCAUUUAAUUCUGUGGAAUAUACUGAUUUUUCACAGGUCAUCCAGUCAGAGCGAUGUGGUGUGUCCAGUCCUCCCGUACAGUGUAAUUAUAGACUGUACAACGUACGGGGACGUCUACCAUGCGUACACCAACCCUGCUGUCAUGUAUCACGGGACCAGAUGCAACGUCUCCUGCCCCACCGGCGGGGGGGUAGCGGAGGUCACGUGUCACCGUGGGACGUGGUUGGGGUUGCCCUGGGGAUGCAUUCCUAAAGACUACCUGUAUGAGGACGCUGAGGUCCACUCUCGAUCCAAGCGGUCAGAGCAAGAAGAGCUGAUGGCGCUGAUGUCCAAGAUGGGCGGGGACGUGUCACAGCUGGAGUCUCUCUUCAAGGGGAGAACAGCUCCCGAUUUAGAUAUGAGCGGGCCCGUCCUGACGUGCCCGCCGUCCCUCCACGAGUAUGCUGACCCGAUCCAGGUGACGACCCAGGUGGAGUGGGACGAGCCGAUGAGCUUUGACGAAGAGGAUGGGCAGAUCAAGCCCAAGAGGUAUGGCCCAGGCCCAAAGUAUACAUUCGGUGAAGGGGCCAAGACUGUGCUGUAUCUUGCUCGAGACAAGUCGGGCAAUUUGGGGAAAUGCGAACUCAAUGUUACAGUUGAAGUCGUACGGUGUAAGAUGGAAGCGAAGAGCGAUUUCCCUGACGGGCACUACACGUGCCACCCGAACAGUGAGUUCGUGUACGGGUCCACGUGUAAGUACGGGUGUUACGAAGGCUACGAACUGGUCGGGGAGAAGAAACUCACUUGUGAGAAGAGUGGCAAGUGGUCGCACGCCAUCCCAAAGUGUAAACUUUUGACUUGCCCCUUGUUGCAACCUUUCGCGGCCGGCACCUUCACCUGCUCCGACAACAACAACUACCGCAGCAUCUGCUCCUACACGUGCAAGAAGGGCUACGUCGUCAGAACCGGAAUGUCCCGGAUCAGGGUGUGCAUGGCGGACAAGUCGUGGCGGGGAAAGGAGCCUAUUUGUGAUGACAAGGAGCCACCACUGUUCACCAGUUGUCCAGGGAGCGUGACGGCUGUGACAGGCCGUGACUCCCACUCCGCCAUGGCCAAGUGGGAUGUGCCCCGGGCUCGAGACAACAGCCAGGUUGAGAUCAAGCCUGACCUUCACAGCCAGAUCAAGAACAACCAAGUGGCAAAGAUCGGAGUCUAUGACGUCACCUACGAAGCUCAGGACGAGGCUGGCAACAAAGCAAGGCCAUGUAGAUUUAAAGUUAUUGUGAAAGAUCUCAAGUGUCCAGUCCAGUAUGCCCUGCCCUACAUGAAGGUAUCCUGUGGGUCGGGCACGGGGGUGGGGGCCUCGUGCACAUUCAGUUGCCAGGCAGGGUGGAUACUGAACGGAACUCAGACCACCCAGUGUCAGCUUUCCAAGACCGUCCCUCCGUUCGCUUCCUGGGACUGGUCAACUGGCCGGCCUAUAUGUACAGCCAAAGACCCGUGCCCUAAGCCAGAGCCGCCUGUGAACGGGGCCCUUGCCUGCGACUUGUGGGAGAAUGGGCGGUUCUGUCAGAUGCAGUGUACGAAGGGGACAGAUAUACCGCCUAGUUUUACAGCCUGGAAACUCUUUGUCUGUUCCGAAUCCGGGAAAUGGAACUUUAAAGGGGCGCUCCCGGCAUGCGAGAAGUCAAAUCGAGCCAAGAAGACGGUGAUGUCAGUGUCCAUGCACUACUACGAAGGAAAGUGUCCCGACCCUGACGUGAAGAAACAGAUCAGAAAGAACUUCAUUGCUGCCUUGAAGGACACGCCCUUCGCUGAGACUUGGAAGAGGUCGGACAGUAAGCCCGAGAAUGUGAAAGUGGUGUGUGGUGCAAUACGAAGUAAAAGAAGUGUCGAUGGUACAAAAAAGUUCAAAAUAGAAAUGAAAGUUGACGUCGAAACUAAUUUGAACCCCUCCAUGGAUAUUCAAGAGGCGAUGAAAACUGUUAAGACCAACGCCAAGAACAUCUUGACCUUAAUGAAGGAGGACAUAAAGGGAGAUAAAUCCAAACUACUUCCGUCAAGUCUCGUUCCGAACAGGAAUGUGGAAGUAGAAACGGAGGGAGUUCAGCUUCAUUGUCCAUCGGGGAAGUUCCCUUCAUACAGAACGUAUGGCUGUGUGGGGUGUACACAAGGCACGUUCUUCAACACGGAGACCAAGAAAUGCGAGAUGUGUCCUCGCGGCCGGUUCCAGGGCCACUCAGGGCAAAACGAGUGUAUACCAUGUCCCAGUGGCAUGACAACGACGUUGGCGGGAGCUACGACACUGCAACAGUGUAGACCUGAAUGUCAAGCUGGCACCUUCUCCGAUGAUGGCGUGGAGCCAUGCAUGCCAUGUGAGGAAGGUCACUUCCAACAGGCAAGGGGAGGUAAAUCGUGCAGGCAGUGCCCAGGUGGUAAAUCAACGUUGUUCCAGGGAUCCAAGAAUGAAUCGGACUGCCAAGAUUUUGACCUGAUGUUUUCAAACGGAGGUAGUGCACAGGAUCAGAUUGGCCUACAUGCCAACCAGCAUGUGAAUGAUUUCGUGAUUUCAUUCUGGUUGAAAGUAACGUCAUCCCGGCAAUCGGACGUCAUGACCUUGACCUCACAAAACUCACUGCAGUGCCAGAUAGACGACAACGGAAACCUUGUCAUUAAUUCUGAAAGAAGUACAAGUAUAUUGAAAAACAUCACUUCAGACCGGUGGGGGUUCUACCACAUCAAGGUGACGGGGGAUGCGUUCGCUGUCACUGUGGAUGGAGAUACAACAACGCAAGAAAGCUUUGAUGACGAUGCCAUCGUUCUUGAAAGCACUCUGGACUUACAGUUAGGAGGAGAUGGUUUCGAGGGUAGCUUUCACCAAGUCAAUAUAUGGAGUGGGGGCGAGGCUCCUGAAGCAGACGCUCGACCCAAAUGCUCCCACCUUGGCACCGGGGAUAUCUUCUCAUGGACUAGAUUGGCGAAAGUACGACUCUUAAAUGGAUCCCUUCAAACGCCAAGCGUCUGUGAUGACACAGAUGAAUGUGAGGCUUCGCCAUGCGUUCACGGAACGUGCACUGACGGACUGAAUACACACACUUGCGACUGUGAAGAAGGAUACAAGGGAGAUAACUGCGAGAGUAACGAGGACAACUGUGAGUUCCACAUGUGCGAGAACGGAGCUACCUGCAUAGACGGGGUUCGAGACUACACGUGUACCUGUACGACUGGAUUCAGUGGCAAGUUUUGCAGCGACGCUGUUGUGCAUGGGGGGUGGGGCGAGUGGGGUCAGUGGUCGGAGUGUUCCAAGUCCUGUGGGGGUGGGGAGAGGACGCGAGACAGACGCUGUGACAGCCCGACCCCCUACAACGGAGGCACGCCGUGUGAUGGAGAACGCCUUGAGACUGGGACAUGUUCUAAAACCAGCUGCCCAGAGUGUGAGCGGUUAGUUGCACCAGACCAUGGCUCCCUUAAGUGUGAAGACUCCGCAGGUCUGCAGAGGUGUCACGUGACGUGUAAGAAAGGAUACGCUUUCGAAACCAAACCACGUGACUCAUAUGAAUGUGGUGACGUCACAGGUCAUGAGUGGAACUUCCGGUCUGAUGGCCCCUACAACACGUCUCUUCCAAGAUGUCUGAAGGUGGACGCUCCAAAAGAGAUGCAGAUCACCUUCAACGCUGGGUAUGGUGAUCUCUACUGUGAUGCCAACGUCGAUGACGUCAUUUCCGCCGUGAACGGCGCUGCUAAACGAGAGGCCGAGAACCUGCCUUGUGCCAGAUUGGGCCUUUGUUUAGUCAAGGCUACGGACGUCCAGAACUGCGCCAGGGGCGGGAGACAGAAGCGAGAUGCAGCCAAACCUACUGUGGCGUUUACCAUCACAGUGGCCAACUCUCCUGGAUCAAGUGUCCAAUCCAGCAUGCGUCAGUUGAACGCCGCUUUAAACCAGCUCAAGGACUCCGCGAAGAAGGGCAAGUUCACGGUGUACGUCGACAAGAAGGAACACGUUCUGUCCGGCAAGCCUCGGGUCAUGGCAGGAGUCACGUGCGAAGAAGGGUUGACAAGGGUUGACGCACACUGCAUUCCGUGUGCGCCGGGGACGUUCUACCACCACGGGUAUUGUGAGAAGUGUGGGCGGGGCAGCUACCAGCCCGGGGAGUCCCAGCUGACCUGUCACGACUGUCCUCCGGGGGUCACCACUGUCGGUCGGGGUGCAGCCUCCAAGAAGGAAUGUUCUGUGACCUGUGACCCCGGACACUACAUGAAGGACCAGGACUGUCGACCUUGCCACAAGGGAGAGUAUCAGACACAGAAAGGUCAAACGUCAUGUCGUCAAUGUCCUAAAGGGGAGACUACUCUUCGUCCUGGCGCUAAAAGCAAAAAGGAAUGCCAAGCAUCAGAGACCACUCCAGACAAGAGCGGAGCGGCUGGUCAGAACUCGGACAACGACCCAGCAGAAGUACGUCAACCCCACUUGGAAAUACCGAUAAUCAUCCAGAGCAGGCGGUUCCCCGUCGGUAUCGUCAUCGGUGCAGUUGGCGUGUUUUGUCUGUGUGUAAUGACAUUUGUUCUCGUCGUGUGUAAAAUCAGACACAACCGGUUCAACAAGAUCAGAGUGAAGGAGAUGGAGUCUCAGCUGCAGGCCAUCGCCCGGGCCGUCACCUACAUCACCGUCCCCAUCACCGGCAUCCACCCCAACAAGGUGAUGAUCCAGCCGGGCCACAAGAAGGACAUCUAGCACCACUCUCCAUCUGGUGACUAGCAGGGCAGUCACACCAACCUGGGCACCAGGACAUCUAGCUGGGGACUAGCGCCACUCUCCAUCUGGGGACUAGCGCCACUCUCCAUCUGGUGACCAGCACGGCAGUCACACCAGCCUGGGCCUAAGGACAUCUAGCGCCACUCUCCACGUGGUGACCAGCAAGGCUGUCAUCUCAGUCAGGUGUUGUUUGGGGCUAAACUCAACAUAGCCUGAUGACAAGAAAUUUGAAAUUCUAGCCACAAAUUGGUUGUUCUUUUUAUUGAAAAUUGAUGUGGUCUUACAACUGCAUGUAUUAUAGCUUGCCACAGUAAUUCAUUCCCACCUUCAAUAUUUCACACUUUCAGUUAUAUAUAUUAUAUGUUAUAGCUAUCAGUAUCAUUUUUUCGGUCAUGAGCAUACUAUUUUUUUUGCAGUUUUUUUUAUAGAAAAAAAUUCUGACAUAUAUUGAAUAAAUAACCCAAAAGAUCUUCAUAGAAUGUUUUAAUUAUCAAACUUUAAGGAGCAAACAUAUGAAUAAUGGAAUUCUCAGCAUAUGGUUUGACCCUCUACUCAGAGGUUUGAUAACAAGAAUGCCUUUUGAAUUUUGCCUAGAAAUGUAUCUUGGUCUAUUGGCAGGUGGUAUGUUCCUACAGGAACUGUAUGUAUUGUAGUUUGGUCUACAGCAGUUCUUCAACCUGCCUUCAAUACGUCACAUGUUCAGUAUACAUGAUAUUUUAAUGUUGUAUUGUCAUCCUCAUGUGUCAUGGGGAUACUAAUAGACAUAUGUAGUUUGUAAAUGAAAUACCGUAUUCGACAUAAUAAGCACCCAGGGCGCUCUCAAAAUUAGAAAUAGGGGGCUCUUAUUAGAAUACUAUUUUAGUGAAAAACAACAGUUGAAAGAUCGUAAAU